AAUUUUAAUCCGUUUUCCUGAGUCUUGAGAAACCAUUAGAGAGGAAAGCUAAACAACCAGAGCAUAGCUUGGUUAUUCAUUCUUUAGAAACUGCUUCAACGAACAGUUAUUCGUUGUUAAACUGUCGACUCUUUUACAUACGGAGGCAGUUGGCUGUGGAAAAUUGUAAUCUAAUCGGAGAUCUGAUAUUACAGUAAAAUUAGUUCGAUUAGACUAUGUACCAUGUGAUUCGUGUGCAAAGUGAUAUCUAAUUGUUCCAUGACAAGAUGAGCGCCAACAUGUUCCCGAAACCUCCCACCCCGACGACUCCCUGUCGCCCCUUGGACAACAGAUCGAGAAUCCCCCUCGCCAGCCCGAUUCCUCUUCGCAGACACAACAGCCUGCGCUUGAGAGGAGAACGAGACGUUAUUCGAGACGACAACCGCUUCCGGGACGUUAGCAGGGACGCGAACCGUAGACGAGAUUCCAGCAGGGAGCCGAACCACGGCGAUCGAUUGGCGGCUGGAAAGGCGGCGCAGUCCACCGCCAACCCCCUGCUGAAGCGAGGGCAGUCGUUCAUGGAGAGGAACGAACACAGGGUGCGAAAUGGGGGUGAAAACAUUACACCGGUGGUACGAAGGCCGGAUAACGUCAAAAUUGGGUUCAAGAGCACGCUAGAUUUGCCGAAAGGCGUUGUUACUACCCCUCAGUCGCCUGCCAGAGUCAGGAGUUUGUCGUUAUCUUUAUCGAAUACCCGUCUUCAAAGUAGUCCGAAGUCACCGUCUAUUUCAACAUCUUCGCCAAAUAAUCCAGUCACUCCAAAUUAUUCGACAAAUUUGUUGGAUAGUUGGGACGCAGACAGCAUUACAAGUAUAGGUAGCAGCGUGGCAUCUUGUGAUCAUGCCAGUAUCGCAAGAAAUGGAACGACUUUCUCUGGUAGAAGUAUGAAAUAUGUUUUCCACUGCAAUCAGCAUGCGGGGGCUACAGGAGAGGAUUACCUGACCCCCACCCAGAGGGCGCAGCGACAAGUGAAAAAGCUCAAAUACCUUCUGCUCCAGGCCAAAAAAGACUUGGAGGAGAAAGAUAGCGACAUACUGAAGCUUACCAAAGAAGUAGUGGAACUGAGGCUGUACAAAGCAGCUCUAAGUUCGCCCGAAGACAAAUCAAAUUCUAGUGAUGCUGUGACUGUGAGAGAGAACACGAGUGAAGAGACUACCCCUGAGGAAUCUGCAGAUAACGUAGUUAGAAUAAAUAGAAACGAAUUCAAUAGUUCUUACGCUGAUUCCGGCCAUUUUGAUGAUUUCACAGGAUCGUCCGUUCAUUCUAAAGAGUCCAUGUUUGAUGAGAAUAAAUCACCUUUUGGAUUUCACAAUGUGGAGACUAUCAAUAAGGCAACUUCAACUGACUCUGACGCGACAGAAUACGAAGCAGAACGAAAUAAAUUGAUAGACGAGUACGAAAAAAGGAUUCAAGAGCUAGUUAAGACUCACGAGGAGGAGUCUCUGCAGAUGAAGCAAAAACAAAACGAUAAAAUAGAGGAACUGCUACAGAGGAUCACGGAAAUCAACACUAGGUACUGGCAGCUGGUUCCAGAACUGGAAACGGCCAAGGAGAGAAUCAAAGAACUGGAACAGCAGUUGGAAGAAGCCAGCAAAAAGUUGGAAGAGCAAGGAGAAAGUUCGCGUGGAAAGUCCCAAUCAGCUGAGGAAGCUGAUGAAGUAGACAGAACGAAUAAGGCUGUAUCAUUGGUGAAUCGGAUUCCCAAUAGAAUAUCUGUUCCAGAGUUACUUCAAGAGCUGCAAGUUACCAAAAACGAACUAGAAAAUAUAAGAGACGUAGAAUACGCCACAACUUCUAAUAAUUCCCAGCCCCUGCUUAGUGCAAAAGAAGCACUCUCCCUUUGGGUACUCGGUGCUAGAAAGGCAAUGUAUAGGCAGUUGAUGGAAGCCAAAAGCAAAAACAAGAUUGAUCCAGAAAUAACCUUGCAGUUCCUAAAAUCGGCAGUAUAUUAUUUUUUGACCGAUAAGGAGAACAGUCUAGGCCACCUUAAAGCCAUUCAAAGUAUACUCGGAUUCUCUUCAAAUGAAAUUUCGAAUAUAGAAAAAGCUAGAUUAACUUGAAAAAUUUUAUUGAAUAGUGCCUAUAUAUAUUUACUUUAUGAGACUUUAUGAUAAUUGAAUUAAAACGUUAUUUAAACCAAA